CAUGAGCGCACCCAGUCUGGACUGAAGACCGAGGCUGCAGCAUCCCCCAGGACCGUGUUUGCGCGUGCGUGAGACAGAGAGAGAGCAGAGGUAGGCUAGUGUGUGCGCGUGACUGUGCGUGAGUGCGUGUGCGUGCGUGUGUCAGUAUGAGUCUGGUGUCGGGCUUCCCUCACCACCCGGUCAUGCACCACCACGACAGCCACCACUACUCCCUGCACGCGGCGGCGGCGGGCCGCUGUCACGAGGACACCGGGGCUCCUCCGUACUUCACCAGCUGGCUGAUCAGCCACGCGGAUAUGUCCCCGACAGAGUACAGCCUCGCGCCCGGCUACAGCCCCGAGUACCAUGGCAACGGCGGCGGCGGCUCCACCGGCGGCCUGGACCCGCACCACCACCACCACCACCACUACGGAACCGGCGGCUUGGUCCCGGGGGCCGGGGCCAUCUCGGUAAACGGAGCCCCGGUAGGGAUGCACCACCACCACCACCACCACACGCACCCGCGCCCCGUGAAGCGGAGACCCACGGCCAACCGGAAGGAGCGGCGGCGGACCCAGAGCAUCAACUCGGCCUUCGCGGAGCUCCGGGAGUGCAUCCCCAACGUCCCGGCGGACACCAAACUGUCCAAGAUUAAGACGCUCCGGCUGGCCACCAGCUACAUCUCCUACCUGAUGGACAUCCUGGACAAGGACGGACAGCACGGGGACACGCAGGCCUUCAAGGCCGAGCUGAAGAAGACGGAGGCGCGCGAGGAACGGAGGAAGAGAGACACGGUGGAGAUCCCCAAGACCACCUCAUCCUCAUCGUCAUCGUCGUCCUCUUCAUCAGGAGGAGAUAAGAAAACCAAAGGACGGACAGGAUGGCCGCAGCACGUCUGGGCUCUGGAGCUCAAACAGUAGCUCCUCCUCCUGCUCCUGCUCCUCCUCCUCCUCCCACGAAUCCUUGGAGAGCAGGAGGACAGUUCAGGAUGCGGUCUGAUGAACUGUGCAGGCAGUCAUCUUCAUCUUCUUCAUGUGCGGACAUUUGGGCCUGUGUGUUUGCGCUGCGCCUGUUCCACUUCAGCUCCACAGCUGUCACCGCUGGUGGGUUUAGGACGUCACUUCUGAGCCCGACUUCCUUUUACAGUUCAAAACCAAAACCAAAACAGCGCAAACUACGGCGUAAGAGUCGACCAGACCGCUUCAUUUUGGUGCGUAAUGUGCGCCAGUUUCCUGCGGACGCAGCUCCUGGAUGCGCAGGUUCAGUCCAAACACACGACGGGAGAAUAUGGAACUGUUCCAAACACACACGGGACGUGGACGCGCUCUCUGCUUUAUUUAACGGAAUAUAUUUAUGUGCAAUGUGGCCGUUCGAAGGACCAGAAUUAAAACCAAAAAAAAAAAAAACAUAAUUGAAAAAAAAAAAAAAAACAGCCACGACGACGAACACUUCCUAAAUGUAUUUGGUCAAACUGUUUGGUGUAUGUGAAGUUGUAAUUGUUUGUUUGUCUGUAACUGUAGAGAAAAAAAAGAAAAGGGAAAAAAAAAAAAAAAAACGUGCGUUGUAAAUGUAGUGACGUCACGGCGUCGACGACGUACGUGUCCAUGUUGUGGUAUGAGCGUGUGGUGGGAGUCCAACUAAUACUUAACGUGGGAUGUAAACAGUGUCAUCAUGAAUUUAAUAAACCACCACAUGGGAA